UCAACACUUGUUUACCAUUGUACGAUGUUAAUAUUUCAAAGGUAUAUACUUCAACAAAACAGCUCGAUGCUGGAAGGAAAAUUAGAUGCAAUUUUCGACUAAUUUAUAUAUGUGAUUGGAUAUGUAACAAGCCAGCUACUGUUAUUAAUAAGUGGGUAAUAAAUCAGCAGGAGAGAGAAAAAAAUGAGGACGAAAAUGGCUCUUGGUGAUAUAAACGAGCAGUCGAUGAAUAGAUUGAAUAUUGGACCAGUGCAUGGUUCUGAUCUUGUUCCUUUGAAAAGGAUUUAUCAGUCGAGUAUGACAAGUUAUAAUAAAAAACGGGAACGUAGGGAGCGACAUAUUAAACAAAUGUUGAAACAGCGAGUACGUCAGGAUACAGGUUUGAGUGGGAUGACCUCAGCACUUUUCGAGCUUGCCGUAAACAGCACGGAUAUUAUUGACUUUACUUUAGUGGAACUUUGGAGACAGAACCGUCCAAAACCAGUUGAUCCGAUAGAUUAUGAGACAUAUGUAUUGAAGAACAAAGUACUCCUUCAUAAUGACCCGCAUCGUGAAUUGCUCAUGUUCCCCUAUGAUGAUGUACAAAUUCCUGCCCCGACUCCUGCCAAGAAGAUCCGUACCGUUCAUUCCACCGUCCCCAAACUGUCCAAUGAGAAGUCAGGAAAUCUUCUGGUUGACGAGUGUCUACAUACGUACACAGACACUUGUCACAUGGUCCAGUUUAAAUAUAGUAAAUACUCUGGCGGUUACCAACAAUUACCCAACAUAAGAAAACCAACCAAUUUACCAGACCAGGUAUUUGAGAUAGACACAGAGAUGGAUGAGAGAGAUGUUGAGGACUCACUGAGUAGAAGUUAUUCAAGUGCAUCAGUAACUCAACCAAUAAUAACAAAGGCUGGUUGGUUAUACAAAGGUCCUGAAAGUGGGAAAGAUACUGUGAUAAGUUUUACUAGGCAAUUUAAGAGAAGAUAUUUCUGCAUCAAACAGCAAGGUGACCAGACUUAUAGUUUAGAAUUCUUCAAAGAUGACAGGAAAAGUGAGGCAAAGGGUGUCAUAUUCCUUGACUGUGUCAACGAGAUUGGCAAGAAUUCCAAGAAAGGGAAGCAUACAUUUGAGAUAAAGACACCAGACAAGACGUACCUGUUUGCUGCGGAAAGUGAGGCCGAGAUGGAAGACUGGAUAAAAACUCUCGAUAAAGUUCGAACGGCCGCUGAAACUCUCUCACAAGUCUCACUAGAGAGAGGAAGAGAUGAGAUUUUCUCCCCUGGCAAAAUAGAUGAUAAAGCAAUAGAAAAUAUGGUUCAUCCUGAAUUAACAAAGUAUGCCAAAGAAUCAGAGUCCAUGUUGUAUAAGGCUAGACAAGAUGGACGACAGAAUCUCUUUAAUCUAUAUGCCAACAUGGCUAAAUAUAUAGAUGAUGAGGAAGAAGAUGAUAUAGGGCCAGAGGUUGAUGUUUAUCCGAAACAGUUUGGCGAGAGAUUUAUGUUACGACUUUUAGAUUUCCACCUCAAGUUACAGGUCAACCUCGCAGAUGAAGGUCAAGGCAAUAAACACUGUAAUCCUGAACCAUUUUUCCUGACCUUCACCUUGUAUGAUGCCAAAGAUGGUAGGAAAAUAUCAGAAGACUUCCACAUGGAUCUCAAUGAACCGGAGAUAGAGAACAUGGUACCUGCUGAUAUUGUGUCUGCUUCAGACAGACUACAUACUGUCGAGGGAAAAUCCUCAACACCGGAACUAAAUGGCUUAGAUGAAAAAUGGCUACUUUCAAAGAAAAAACUGGGACUAUUUUCUGUGAUACGACGACAUUCAGAGAUAUACCUGUAUGUGAAGAUAGAGAAAGUCCUACAGGGCCCUAUAUCACAGUCGGUUGAGCCGUACUUGAAGGGUUCUGACCCUAAAACUGGCAGCAAAGUGUACAGGCAGAUGAAACAGUUCUGUUCUCAUAUAGGACAUCAUAAAAUGCCCUUUGCCUGGUCAGCCAGACCUCUAGCUACCAGCAGUUAUGGCCCCUGUGAGUUACCAAUUUACAAACAAGAAAGUUCUAAAAUGUCAGAAGAUGAGAUUAUUAAACAUCUGCAAGAUUUAAGAAGACCAGAGAAACAGAGUAAAUGGCAGACAAUUCCUGGUGUAUUGAAGAUUAGUCUUACACCUUUAAAAGCUGAUCAACCUUUAGAGAAUACUGUGACAUCAUCUUAUGUCCCUGUAAAACCAUUCCCCAGUCCACCUAUCCAGCCACCAGCUGUUGAGAUAGAGGAGUUUAUACCAGAGAAAGGACAGUUCAACAAUCCACAUAAUUCUUAUGUUAACAACAUAUAUGUGUACCCUAUCAGCCUUAAAUAUGGCAGUCAAAAAACGUUCACAAAGGCUAGAAAUAUAGCAUGCUGUGUAGAGAUAAGAGACUCUGAUGAUGACCAUGUUGUUCCACUCAAGAGCAUUUAUAGUAAUAAUGGGUCAUCUGUGUUCACCAGUAUAGCCAGCACAACUGUUCUACAUCAUAACCAAACACCAGAGUACCUGGAAGAGGUGAAGAUUGCAUUACCACCAUUGAUAAAUGAGAAACAUCAUAUCUUAUUCCGGUUUUACCACGUUAGUUGUGAGGGGUCAAAAGGUUCUACGAAGAAGAAGGAUGGUAUUGAGAUGCCAGUAGGGUAUGCCUGGAUUCCACUGCUUCAUUCCAGUGGAAGAGUUGAGGUAGGGGAGAAGACUCUGUCAGUGGCAGCAAAUCUUCCAGCGAGAUAUUUAUCACUUGAUCAUCAUGGUGGUGGUAGAAGUAGUUCUUCAACAGAUGUAAAGAUGGUUGACAGUGGUAAACCAUUGUUCAAGAUAAAGUUACAGCUCAACUCUACAAUCUACACAACAGACCAGCAUUUACAUACAUUCUUCUUUCACUGUCAGAAAAUGCUGGGGUCGCCAUCACCAGGCCAUGACAGUUUGAAUAAACUAAAGGUGUUUGAAAAAGUUGCCAAUGUAGCAGACACUGUGGAGCAAACUUACGUUCUUAAUGCUGUAAAGUCCCUUCAUGCAGUAGAUGUCAGUGCAUAUAUACAGUUCCUACCCACCAUUCUGAACAUGCUGUUUAAACUUGUAGCCAAUACACAAAGUGAAGACAUUUCCAUGAAUGCUGUCAGGGUUGUUAUCCACAUCGUGUCAGAAGUACAGGAUGCUGAGAAGUUAGAAAUGUUGGAAAAAUAUGUGAAGUUCAUAUUCCGUGCAGAGCCUGUUCCAAAAGGCAGUAAACAUAAGACAGUACACGAGGAGCUGGCAAAAAGUCUGACAAUGAUUUUACGGCCUGCCAACGCAGAUCAGGUGGUGGUGGUGAAGUUCCUGAACAACUCGUGGUUCUUCUUUGAAAUACUUAUCAAGAGUAUGACCCAGUAUCUAAUUGAUGGUGAGAGAGUCAAGAUGCCGAGAAAUGAGAGAUUUUCCAGUGAUUACCAGUUUAAGUUACAAACUUUGAUACAGACUAUAACACCAUACAUAACCAGUAAAUACAAGGAGGCUCAUAGGGAGACAAGAAAUGCAAACUUCAGUCUUGCUUACUUUGUCAAAAUGUGUUUCACAUUGAUGGACAGAGGUGUUGUGUUCCAACUCAUUUCUCAUCAUUUACUUAGCUUUGCUGUAGUUGAACAUAGGAUGCUACAUGAAUUUAAGUUUGAGUUUCUACGAAUCAUCAGCAGUCAUGAACAUUACAUUCCUUUAUCAUUACCACUAAUGAGGAGGGGCCUUAUUAAAUCAUACAAAGACAUCAAGCUUGAAGAUCCUUCUAAGAAUGACCAAUCAGAAUUUGUUAUUCAACCAGAUGUAGAACUAAUAUUCAAUUGCUAUGAUCUGAAGAGUGACUACACACUAUCAGAGGAAUAUCGUAAAACUCAUUACCUGCCAGGUCUGAUUCUACAAGAGCUUAAAAUGGCGCUAAAUGAGUCAAAAGAAACACGUAGAUGUGCAAUAAAUGUUCUCAGAGACCAGUUUGCGAAACAUGCCUUUGAUGACAGAUACUCCAAACCUGCCCUUCAAGGUCGUAUCGCCGCCCUUUACCUACCAUUGAUAUCAGUACUCCUGGAGAACAAACAUCGUCUUAUUAAGUCAGAUGACAACAAAUCUCCGAAACAUGCAGCACCGUCUGCACCGGGUUCAGUGGUGAACGGAGACGUCGGUUCCAGUAAAAGCGAAAGCAAACCGUCAUCGGUAUCAGCCGGACACACGCCUCAAAGCAAGCAUCGCAGCGUGAUAUCAAUGCCACAACCCACAGAACCUUCCAAACGUGACUCUUCUGUUUUUGAUAUGAUCGCAGGCACUAAAAUACCUUAUGGAAAAGGUAGAAUACAUCAUAGUCAACAAAGUUCCAUCACCACCCUUACACCAGGUGUCACGCAGUCAUCACCUAAAGUUUACCAGUAUCAAAAACUCGAUGUCACAGAAAUCAAAGAUCUCCUAGUGUGCUUCCUACAUAUUCUCAAUAUCUACCUGUGGAGAGAUAUACUGCUGGGAUGGUUCAACAACUCGUCAGAAUAUGAUAUAGUGGACUUCUUCUCAUUAUUAGAACUAUGUUUAGAUCAUUUUAAGUAUCUAGGAAAGAAGAAGAUAGUAACACUGAGUGUUAUAGGUGACAGUAGUAUGGGACGUAAAGGACAUUCAUUACCGAACCGGAAGUCGGCUCAAAUACCAAUUCCCAACGGCAGCCUUCCACCAACCUUACGCAGUGUCAGCCAAUAUGGGGAUUACCCUCCAGACGCCGUGUUUCACAUGACCACCUCGUCGGAAGCUGAUGCAUUGAUGCGAGCUUUAUCCGAGGCAAACAUGGCAACAGAGACAGGCCUCAUUAUAUUAGAUGUCCUUGUGGUAUACACAGACAAAUUUAAGAAUGAGUUGGCGCAUAGAGAUGGUGAUAACACAUUAAUGGAAACAGUGUUUGAUUUAUACUUAUCCUUCCUGAAAACUAGCCAAUCAGAAACCUUACAGAAACAUGUGUUUGCUGUAUGGAGAAGCUUUAUUAGAAAGUUUCCAAAUGUUUUAUUCAAGGGAGAUGCGACUCUUUGUGGAAAGCUAUGUUAUGAGGUUUUGAAAUGUUGUAACUGUAGAUUAAAGUCUACCAGAAAGGAAGCCUGCAUUCUCUUGUAUAACUUGAUGAAAGCUAACUUUGAGUUCAGUAAAAAGAAAUCAUUCACACGUGUUCAUCUACAGGUGAUUAUAUCUGUUGCCCAGUUGAUAGGAAAUGUUGUAACCCUUAGCAACUACAGGUUUCAGGAGAGUCUCGCACUUAUCAACAGCUACGCAAAUUCUGAUAAAACCAUGAACGUGUCGUAUGUGUUUCAAAUGUUUGAACAACAGAAAACCAAGUUUUCACAUGAGGUUAAGGAUCUCACUAAGCGUAUAAAGACUGUAAUGAUGGCCACGGCCCAGAUGAAGGAGCACGAGGGUGAUCCGGAAAUGUUGAUCGACUUACAGUACAGUCUGGCAAACUCAUAUGCCAGUACACCGGAAUUACGGAAAACAUGGCUAGAAUCAAUGGCAAGAAUACACACAAGAUUUGGUAACCAUUCUGAGGCUGCUCAUUGUUAUGUACAUAUAGCUGCGCUGGUAGCAGAAUACCUGAAGAAAAGAGGAAAAAUUAAAUCAAAUGCGUUUCCUCAGGGUUGUACAGCAUUUAAACUGAUUUCUCCGAAUGUAGAGAAGGAAGAGUCAGGUAUCAAAGAUGACUCUGGAAUGCAGGACGUUCAAUAUACAGAGGAAACUCUGGUGACCUACAUGGAGGAGGCUGUAGAGUGUUUUGAGAAAGCAGAAAGAUAUGAAGUUUUAGGAGACGUCUAUAAACUAAUUAUACCUAUGUAUGAAAAAUCUAGAGAAUUUGAGAAAUUGGCAGAAAGUUACAAUAUUCUGUCAGGUGCUUAUAACAAAGUCGUAGAAGUGAUGCAGUCUGGGAAACGUCUACUAGGAACAUACUUUAGGGUGGCCUUCUUCGGACAGUCAUUUUUCGAUGACGAGGACCAGAAACAAUACAUUUACAAGGAACCAAAAGUAACCAGUCUAGGUGAGCUGUGUGACAGACUGAAAACCAUGUACGAGGGUAAAUACGGCAAAGAUAACGUCAAACUUAUAAAAGACUCUAAAACUGUGGACCCUAAUGACUUAGACAACAAAUAUGCCUAUAUACAAGUAACACAUGUGACACCAUUCUUCAAGGAGAAAGAGUUACAGAGACGUCUGACAGACUUCGAGAAGAACAAUAAUGUUUACUCGUUCAUGUAUGAGACACCUUUUACAAAAGUGGGAAAAUCACACGGUGAAAUACAUGAACAGUUCAAAAGGAGAACAGUACUUCUGACAACCCAUUCUUUUCCCUUUGUUAAAAAGAGGAUAGAAGUUAACCAUAAAACGGAGUGCAUUUUGAGUCCUCUAGAGGUGGCCAUUGACGAGAUGAAUGCCAAGGUUGCAGAUUUACGAGAGGUUGUCGAUCUUGCCAUGCCAGACAUGAAAAAAUUACAGCUCAAAUUACAAGGCUCUGUUAGUGCUCAGGUUCAUGCUGGACCCUUAGCUUAUGCAGAAGCAUUCCUGUCAGAAGAUAAAGUCAGUAUAUAUCCAGCGGAGAGAUGUGAAGCUCUGAAGAGUAAAUUCAGGGAUUUUGUUAAUGUUUGCAAUGAUGGACUAGAUUUAAACGCCAAGUUGAUAACAACGGAGCAGAAGGAGUAUCACGAGUCAUUGAAGACGGGCUUUAACGAUAUUGUGAGCAGAUUAUCAAAAAUGUUUGGAGAAACGAUCCUGACGAAAGACAUGGAAGGUCAGCAGCGGGGGUCAAUGUCUGUGUUUAACCUUGUGACUGGCCCAGGAUCAGGGUCAAGUGUGGCAUGAACCCAGCCAAAGCCAGGAACCUUGUCAUAACCUAGAAUAAACCUUGAAUUAAAGAUCUGAUAUAAAUUCUGUCAAUGUUUGGAUUCAGUUGAAUUUCAAUUUAGCUGGCAUCCAGUAUGAUUUUUAAACCAUGCCAAAACUGGAUUAAGUUGGAUUUAUACUGGAUUUUAAAGCUGGGCACUAGUAGAUCUUUGAAAAGCAUGAGGGCUGAGCUCUUAUAGUACUUGAUCUGUGUUAAAACUGGGAUCAAAAAGGAUGUUUAAAGUGGGAAUUCAACAAGUCUUGAACAUGGAUAAAGCUGCCAUUGACCCUGCUUGUAUACGUCGUACAACACCUAUAGUAAGCUAAGAUUGAGAAGGACUAGGAUAUUGGUUCAUAACAUGCAGCAAACAUAGCUAUAGUGUCAUUGUUUAAUCAAUUUUUCCCUCCUAACCAUUUGCAUGCCAUAUUGAAUAUUUGAAAUUUGCGGGUAUAUUUUGACAGUUUCCAUAGAUAUAAUUAUAGUCUUCAUAUGUAAUAGAUGUGCUGUAGUAAUUUUGAUCGAAGGACUUAUCAGAGUAUGUGAUAUCGGAAUGUUUUAAAACGACAUUCAAAGGCAUUGAUGAUGUAAUUUUGGUCAUUAUUUUAACAUGUGAUAUGUUAUACUAGUAAAUUAACAUGUAUGUUACUUCUUUUUACAUUGUUGCAUGUAUACAUGUAUUUAAGUUUAGACAUUUUUGUGGAGUUUUAACUUAACAUUUUUUUUUGUUAUCAAUUUUUUUUUUUUUUUUUUUUUAUGUGUAUGAUCAAAAUGUUAUAUCAGAUAUUUUCAUCCGAAAAUCUGGCAACAUUUUAAUGAAUUUAUCGAUGCUGCUUGAAGUCACUGGAUAGUUUGACAGGCCUUCCUUCUAUAUACAUAUUUAUCAAGAUAUUUGGUGAGUUAGUACCUUCUGUGAAUCCCGACAUUUUGCAGGAGUUUCAAGUCAAUAGGGUCAAGGUCAUUGAGGAACUGUUGGGAUCAUAGGCUUUCAAAGAUUUUUUUUUUGCACUGUUCAAAUGAAAAAUAUGAGUUUAUGAACCAGGUUUUCAAUGUUGAAAAUUUGCAGAGUUGCCAGAAGAUUCCUUUAGGAUUUUGCAAAUUCCUCAUUGUCUGUACUGUAGAUUAGCUUUUGGGUUAACCGUUUCCUAGAGUCAAGGUCACUGUUACUAAAAAUAGAAUAAUGAUUUCUAGUUUGAGAAGAUGGUUUCAUGGCAUUGAAAUGGUUCUUGUUUAAGUAUACUAUACAGAUUCUUCAUAAGAAAAUCAUUAAAAAAAUAUUUCAGAAGGAUUUUGUUGCCUUCUUGCAAUAUCUGACUGAGAAAAUCUUUGAUUUAUUGUUAAGAAUAUUUCAGAUAUUUUAGUGAUAAAGUUAUUUGCAUUUAUUAACAUUUUUUUGUGACAACCAGUCAUUUUGCCAUGUUAUAUUAUUUAAUAUUAAUGAUAUUAUCUAUAAAUAAUUAUACCUGUUAUUAGCUAGCAAGUGUGUUAAAACUAGUUUACUUUAUGUAUAAGAAAUAUAAUUUAUCCAAACAUUGUCAUUUUCAUAAUAAUUAUUUUUAUUCCAUAUAUGAUGUUAUAAUAAUAUAAUUGCUAUAGUAACUUCAAAAACAAAAAUAUAAUCAGGUUGCAGUUCUGGUUAUGAGUAUGAGCUUCAGUAAGGUAUGCCUAUGUUCUGUCACAAGUAGAACUAGCUUAAUAAAUAAAUCAGGCAUGGUACAGUUAAACAUUAUGACAUUUUAUACCAUCAAGUUUAAAUAACUAUUCUUAAAGGGCACAGCGGUUUAUUGACAUGACAGACCUGGAAAUAUUUUUUUGAUAUUUGUGAACCAAUUGAUGUAGGUCUGGGCAAAUAACUUGUGUGCAAUUCUUAAGGUCAUUUCCUCACCUCAUUUUUACAGAAUUAUAAUUUUUACUGUGAUUUUGACCCCAAAGUAAAAAACAUUUCAACGCUUUUCAAUCAAAUCUGGCUAAGAAUUGGACAAAUUAUUGAUUUUCAAUUUAACUUUCGAGUUUAUAUUUCUUUCUUUUCCAUGAUUGCAGAUUUUUCCAUUUUAGAUGCUUCUAUUACUAUGUCUUAAGAUUUUCAAAUUUUAUGAUUUUAGGCAUUUUGACCUCAGUGGAGUUCCUUUAAACUAACAUUAUGACUUCUUCUAAGUAUCAAGUUUAAAAAAUAAUGAACAUUUGUUGUGUUUUAAUGCAAAUGCAUGAUCUAUGUUUAUUCAUAAAAUGUUAGAAAUUUAUUAUUCAUUAUCUUUUCCAUUAAGCAUCAGAUCAUAUUUCGGCAUGAAUAUGGUGUUAAAAUUUUUAAAUAAGAUGAUAUUUAUUGUCAUGGUGUAGAUAUGCUCAUUUACCUUUAAGAAGGGAAGUUGGAAAAGUGUUUAUGUUUAAUAGGAUACUGAAGUAAGUUGCUGAAUUGUAGGGUUAUCAAAAAAAGUUCACAAUGAGUAAAUAACGCUUGUGCUAAAACUGUUGGAUAGUUUUU